CAAAAAGCAAGUUCACUUUCAUCUUUCAUCUGUGGCUAAAAAAAAACAAUCUGUCUGUUUGGUUUUAUUAAGUGGUUUUGCGUUUCCAUUUUUGUAAACCUUAUUAAAAGUUCACAUAAACAUAUAUAAGUGAUAAAUGUGCAUAUAAUUCCUAGGACAUAAUUUGCCACAUUCUACUGAGACCCAUUUUGAAUAGGAUGGGCAUUAAAAUAUGUGGAAAAACAACUGUGACGUCACGUACUCUCAGCUGAAGACUAGGUCUUUUUAACGUUAACUUGUAGUGAUAAAAUAGCAAUAUGGGUGGUGCCGUGAGCUCGGGACGUAAUAACAAUGAGUUGGUGGACAAUCUGAUGGAAGCGAGUUACAUCCGGACACCAGAAGUGGAACGCGUGUUCAGAGCUGUUGAUAGAGGAAAUUAUAUGCUUCCUGGUGAUAGAGACAGGGCUUAUAGGGAUAUUGCUUGGCGAAAUGGAUUUUUACAUUUGUCUUCGCCCUGUAUAUACAGUGAAGUUAUGGAGGGACUGGAAUUUAAAGCCGGACAGUCAUUCCUGAACAUUGGUUCUGGCACCGGGUACCUGAGCACCAUGGUUGGGCUGGUGCUAGGUUCCGGAGGCAUCAGCCACGGGGUCGAAAUAUAUCCCAAGGUUCUGGACUAUGCAGUCAUGAUGCAAAAAAGAUUCAUUGAAAGAUCAUCUUCUUUAGAUGAUUUUGACUUCUGUGAACCAAAAUUUUUCCAUGGCAAUGGGCUGUGCCUGGCCCCGCUGCCCGCCGCAUAUGAUCGCGUCUACUGCGGUGCCGCCUGCCCCGAAGAGUAUGCCCUCUACUUGAAGCAGCUCAUAAGGAUCGGGGGCAUCCUGGUGAUGCCGCUGAACGAUACGCUGGUGCAAGUGCGGCGGCUGGGCGCUCGCGAGUGGGCCACCCGCAGCCUGCUCAACGUCUCCUUCGCGCCGCUGCAGCUGCCCAACGAGGACGACGCCGCCCACGCCCGACAGACGGUCACGCUAGAAGAGCAGGCGCCGCCCGCGCUGCAGGUACUGUCGCGCGGCGCUAUCCGGCGCGCGCUGCACCGCGGCGUGCUGAGCCGCCACCCCGAGCUGCGCGAGGAGGUGCGCAUGCCGCCGCUCCGCCGCCCGCGCAUCGCCCGACACGCACGCCGCUGCCCGCGACGCUUAUGCAUACCUAUUCGCGAGGAUCGCGUGCAUAACUUUAACGCGCUUCACGACCUGGGACGCGAGGAUGGCGCCAACGAAAUGAACGCCCUGCUCAGUCUCGUGCUCAGCAUGGGCGAGAACCGGGUGGCCGGCGCGCUGCGCUUCGACCCCGUCUCCGACAACUCGAACUCCGCCUCCUCCACCGACGACAGCACCGAGUCGGAGUCGGAGUGGGAGCCCGCCGCCGAAAACUCUCGCGCCCCGCAAAAUAGAAUACGGGUAGGCUCUCGGAAUUCCAUCGGGAACGCGGGAGCGCCGAGGGGGCGACGGGACGCCUCGUCCCAGUUCCCCGUAGACGUAGAGUUUUACGACGACGUGGCGGAUGUAGGCGAGACCCCGCCUACGCCGCCGCCCCGUCCCGCCGCCCGCCAAACGCCCGCCGACGUCGACCUCCACUUGGAGGACGCGGAGCAUCAGCGAGGCCUGUCCGCCUCCGACAUGAAGUGGGAGGAAUCGCGCACGGCGAGUCGCCGCGAGCCUUCCAGCGACGAUGACACCGAGUCCGCCUCCAAGGGCUCCGAGGAGAAGCGACAGAAGCUGGACAGCGGCAUCGGCGAGGGCAACUCCCCCUCCAGCUCCUCGCAGGGGAAAACCGAGCGCAGCGCCGCCUCCGACACCGGGGAGGCCUCCGACGACACCGAGCCUCCGCUCGCAGACGGUCGUCGCCGUCAGAAGCGGCUGCGCACGCUGGCGCCCUCAUCCUCCACGGAGGAGGAGUCCUCGGAGUUUGAGGGCGAGCUGCGGCGGCGGGCGGCGCGCAGAGCGGGCGGAGUGGCCGCAGAGGGCGCGGCGAGCGAUGUGCGCCGCCACCGCCGCGCUCGUCUGCUGCGCCACGCCAUCAACAACCUGCCGCUGCCACAGCAGCUCAAGAUCUACGUCAACUGGGGCCGCGCUCUGCCCGUCUAGACUGCCCGCCCCCACCGCCGCCCCCCACUCGCCCACAACACGCCCACAACACGCCCCCAACACGCCCCAACACACCCCACUCGCCGAGUCACAAACAUCUGUACGAUGAAAAACUUAGUUCUAGAAAGCAAAAAAUAAUAGAAAAGAAAGUGCAUAAACAUUGUAGACCACAGUGUGGGUACUAAAAACUAUAACAUCUAGUUGUAUUAUAACAUUGGAAUAUGUUCUCAAACACGUCAUAUCAUCAAUGGCGAGCCGAAAAACAAUGGAACCGGACCCUGAAGUAACUGUAAUUUGCAAUGUAUCAUAAGAUUGGCCGCUACGACAAACUCAAAGUUACCUAUUCCGCUAUUAUUAGGAACUGUAGCCAUGACAAAUAAUAACUAAAUAAACCAGUACUUUGAAUUAAAACUGUAAUAACGCAAUUUGCGUGCAGGGAUCACCAACAAUAUAGCAAGACUAAGGCGUGAGGUAAUUAAAAACCAUAAUAUGUAAAUUUUAAUGAUGCUUUUAUAGAAUUUAACUGCCAUACGUAGGAUGUUAGAGUUAGCAAAUAAAAUAUUUAAGAAAUCAUGGAAGUGAGCUUUUCGAGAAAUGUUCAUAGAUACCAAAUGGAAUUGUACCAUCUCUGCCUACCCCUCUGAGUCAACUUUGUGAGGUUAUGUUACAGAGUUGCAAAAUAAUAAUGUAAGCUAAAAUUUUAAAAGAAAAGAUAUAAUAUUAUAUAGUGUAAAAAGGUUUGUUGCACCUGACUAACAUUCAUUAGUUUGCAUUGAUAUCACUCUCAGCAAAUAUUAAACUUGAUCAAAUAUUAUUAUCAAUUAAUUCUGAAAGUUAUAUUAAAUGUAAAUAUUAUCUAUAAAUAUAUAAAAUGUUUAAGGUUUGUUACGAUUUAUUAUAUUUGAUAUAGCGAAGAGGAAUCAAUAAUAUAGAUAUGAAAAGUUUUAAGACAUUAUUGUUUCAUUAUUGAGUCAAUAAAGUGAGACAAGAGUACAGUACAGCAGCCGAAUGUGCCUGUUUUAAAGCAAUAAUUAUGUCUUUUUAUUAUUUUACUUACCAAAUAGAUGUAUUUACCUUAUAAAUUUAGAUUAGUCACAAAAAGAACAGAAGAUGAAGGUCCCCGUAACUGAAGAGUAUGUAUGGAUGUGAAGAGACAGAGGUGUGCCAGCUUUGUGGUGAAUUGGUAAUCUCUGGCUAUGUUUGCAGUACGGGUUUGAAUAUGUUUAAAUGGUUGAUAUAGAUAUUAAAUAGUUAGUGUGGGUAUCCACUGCCCGAAUACCUGUUAUAAAUUAUAUUGAAUGAGUGGAAAGAUAUUUUUGUAUGAGUGUUUGAGCAGUGUAAAUCUACGGUUAUUUAGUUAGAUAUUGCUAAUGUUUGUCCGGCAGACAGCAUAGCGAUUGAAAAGGUUACUUUUAGUAAGACUGAUUGUCUCUAUUGUUUUAAUAUCGUAGAGUUUAUAAAUUUCUUUUCUUGUUUCAUAUGUAAGGCCAUAAAAUGUAGAGUGGAAUUGUGUAAUUUUUUUUUUUUUGGAAUAUUGAUAAAAACAUGAAUUUUCUUAAACCAUUUUAAAAAUAUUUUUUGAUUUGUUUCGGACAAUAUUUUGGAACACAUGGAUUUUGUUCUGCGAACUGAUGAAUGAAUUAUAUUGUGACAGUUUUAUUGUAUGUUUACAGAUUACAGUUAAAAUUAUUUGUGUUGUUAAGCAAUUUUAUGCAAAUGUAUAAGAUUUACCACUAAAUAUGUCUGUGAACAGACAAGAAUUGGUGCUGUGCAGGACUUUGUAAGUGUUAGCGCGAAACAUAGUCAGGGUGUACUUCAAGAUGUUAAGGACCCAUCCCCUCCCCUUUUUUAUCUUAUUAUAUUGUAAUCAUUACACGUUCCGUUAUUCCUGUAAAUAUUAUAAAAUGUAAUUUGUUUUGUUGCUAAUAAAUAUCCAACUUUAUUAUGGAA